GACACAUGUUUACAAUGAUGGGGGAGAGAGGAAGAAUGGAGCUGAGCAGGGAUCCAAAACACUAUGGUGCCUUUUCUGAUCAGACAGACAGUCAAUGAAGAUAAAGAAAGUGACUACAGAAGGACGUCAGAGUGGCGCAGUGACCUGUAGUGACAUGUCAGACCGAUACGAAGCUGAUAUUCAAUGAUUUAUCACAGAAAUUGAUAGCACUUGUCUCUGACUCCACUGUUCUGUAAGUACAACACAAUCCUAUUCCCGAACAAACUUAAACAAGAGGCCCAAAGUUAUCUCAAGGACUAACAGGACAAACUGUGAAGAUCACUUCUCAGGGAUGAGCAGCACACAACUGCUGGAAACUUCACCCAAGGAGUCUGUGUUUGGUGGCCAGGUUACCCACAGGAUGCCAUCCACUGUGUCCACUGUACAUGGCAGUGUUUUUGGCCCCUCGCCUCCUCUUGACUUCGCCCUGGGAGCCCUGGCCUGCUGUGCGGCCUGCGUUUUCACCAAUCCUUUGGAGGUUGUGAAGACUCGUCUGCAGCUUCAGGGUGAACUGCAAGCACGAGGUUCCUACCAGAGACACUACCGCGGAGUCCUCCACAGCUUAUGGGUGGUGGGCCGCACAGAUGGACUCCGGGGCCUGCAGAAGGGGCUUUCAGUUGGGCUGAUGUACCAGGGUGUGAUGAACGGUGUAAGGCUGGGCUCCUACUCCUACUGUGAAGCUCUGGGUAUCACCUCGUUCCACGGAGGGAGUCUUCUGUCAGGGGCAGGGGCCGGAGCACUCGGUGCCUUCAUUGCCUCUCCUGCUUACCUGGUGAAAACUCAUCUGCAGGCUCAAACUGUGCAAGCCAUAGCAGUAGGCCACCAGCACAACCAUGUGGGAGUGUUUGAUGCCUUUGUUACCAUCUAUAGAAGAGAGGGUUUAAUUGGCCUUUGGAGGGGAGUGAACGGGGCAGUGCCUCGAGUCAUGGUAGGAUCAGCUGCUCAACUGGCAACCUUCACCUCGGCCAAGGACUGGGUGUCACAUUCCCAGUGGUUUAGUCCAGGCAGCUGGCUCACGACUUUGUUAGCUGCCAUGAUCAGCGGAGUUGCUGUGGCAAUCGCCAUGACACCAUUUGACGUCAUCAGUACACGGCUCUACAACCAGCCGGUGGAUGAGUUACGCAGGGGACGUCUGUACCAUGGAUUUUUAGAUUGCAUGCUAAAGGUGUGCCAAUCUGAAGGCCCAGUGGGGUUGUAUAAAGGCAUGGGCCCCGUGUUUCUGCGCUUGGCCCCUCACACAAUGCUCAGCAUGCUGUUCUGGGAUUUGAUGAGGCAACAGACUGUGAAGGACAGAAAGAGCCAGGGAAGGAACUAAAACACUCCAGAUACCUGCACAUGAUUGACUGGACUCUGUUAUCAGUGGUCCAUCAUUUGAUGAAACACUGAAUUUAAUGCUACGGUUUGACAUUUUGGGAAAUGCUCAUUUUCUUUCUUGCCAAGAUUAAUACUCCUCCUCCUCAAUAAGAAAGUGACAUAGAUCUUCUUAUCUUAUGCUCUACCAGAAAAAUGUUGAGCUAUUCCUUUAAGUGAGUCCCAGGGAAAAGUCAUGCUCAAAGGACAGACAUUUGAGCAGUAUACAGACUAUUUUUGUUGCAGUGCAGAAGAUGGAUGAACGUUAAAGUACUUGACAAAAGAUGAACAUUCGUUGCACAUACUCCAAGAAAAAAUUUGAGGAGUUUCCAUCUAAUAUAUGAAGAAGUAUCAGGAUUUACCUUAAUACCUCAAAUGAUGAAUUUAAAAGUAAUCUGUUGGGCUUUAAAACGUCUUCUUGAAGCUAAGCUGAAAUGACAAAAGGGGAAUUUAGAUGACUUGUAAACAUAUCAGUGGCUAAUGACCUGAAGAACAAGUCUGGAUUAUUGAAACAUAAGCUCUUUAUUCCAUGUGUUUAGUCCAGUGUGGCUGCUGUUAUGUUUCACAGUUUAAUUCAUAAUUCUAGUUGCCUUGUCUGUUAUAUAUGUCAAGAAAGAUACUUGAUGGGAAUGUUUUUAUUUACUGACAUUUGAACUACUGGUAACUAAUGCCAAGCACAGCAUUUGAUGUGACGUUUUUAUCACAGAAAUCCUACGGGUACUUCAUACCUUUUUGAACAGCAGUCAAAAAUAAUAAAAAUGAUAAUAAUAUUAAUAAUAAUAAUAAUAAAGACAUUUUUGUAUGAAAUGCAAUAAAUAAAUGUGGGUUUUUUUGUA